AUGAUACAGCAGCUUACACGAUUUCUCACCUAUUUCAAUUACAGCCGGCUUCCCGCUAUUUCAUGGAAAAAUGAUCGAGUCGCACAAUUAAAAGCUUGGCAGAAUAUCCCAAGGAUUAACUACGCAACAUUUUCUUUGGGGAACCAUACAAAAAAGGAUCUGGAAUCAUUUUUUGAUGAAACCGUUCAGUUCUUUUUCAACGACAUCAGCGAAGCUCCAGUUUCAAACAAAGCCCCUGUUCUUCACUGGACUCCACUCCCUUUGGAUUCCGAAAUACAAGUGCUCAUAAGAAUUUCUUUCCUUCUCGCCGGUCCAGACGACUCGACGUUUGUCGAGAUAAGAAAAUCUUUGCGCGGAAAGUUCAACUUCAGUUAUGAAUGGACGGCAGGGAUUUUGCUUAUGGAUGAUCCAGUAGGUGCUCUUUGA